CCACGCCCUUUAGCACCCGCAUUCAUGGCUACUCCUCAUUGUCCUCACUCACUCACAAGCACAAGCACAAGCACGAGCACGAGCUCUUUUCUCUUCCAUGGACCCUUCUCUUUCCUCUCACUCUCUCUCUCUCUCUCUCUCUCUCUGCCUUCCCAUACCCGCCAUGCCAGUCCUGCUGAAUUCGGCCAUCAUUAAUGUUUCUUGACAGCACCGCUUUACACUCUGUGUCCUUUGUUAUCCUUCUGUUGCUUUGCACUUUCUUGUGACCGAGUCUCUUUUGGCUGCAACUUCUUUUUGAGGAGCAAGAAAGGGAAAUUCAGAUGGACUAAAGGCAGGAGAGGAAGGAUGUCUCUUGGUCUCAAGAUUGUGGUUUUCAAGGCUUUCUUGCUGUUUCACUUUCUGCAUAAAUGUAGUUGUAGCAAAUUGGAUGACCACACAUUAGCAGACAAGAGAAUGGAUGCUAUUUUUCCCGAGAUAUCCCCAACUGGGUCUCCUCAGCCCCUCCUUCCUCUUCUUGCACCUUCACCGUUAGCUCCCUUUACCAACACUACUGUGCCCAAAUUAUCAGGACUCUGUACGUUAAACUUCACCGCAGCGGAAAACUUAAUGAGCAUGACCUCCAUUGAUUGCUGGGCCGUUUUCGCACCUUAUCUAGCACACGUGAUAUGCUGCCCCCAAUACGAGGCCACGCUUACUAUUCUCAUCGGACAAUCCAGUAAAACCACUAAUCUUCUGGCUUUGAACGGAAGCCAGGCUGAGCAUUGCCUCUCUGAUAUGGACCAAAUUUUGGCAAGCCAGGGUGCUGGGGAUAACCUGAAUCAGAUAUGCACGAUUCAUCCACCGAAUCUAACCGAAGCUUCUUGCCUGAAAGAUGUUUCUACAUUCGAGAACACAGUAGAAUCUUCAAAGCUUCUUGCUGCUUGCAAGAAGGUCGAUCCUGUGAGAGAAUGCUGUGAACAAGUCUGUCAAAAUGCUAUAUUAGAGGCUGCUACUGAAAUUGCUUUGAAAGCUUCUGAUAGUCUCUUAAGUCCAAAUGAGCAGCAUAUUGUGAUGGAUCAUUCAGCCAGGAUUGAUGACUGUAGAAACAUUGUCCUCAGGUGGUUGGCAAGCAAACUUGAUGCAUCUCACGCAAAGAAAGUUCUCAGAGGGUUAUCAAGUUGCAAAGUUAACAAAUUUUGUCCUCUGGUUUUUCCAGACAUGAAACAUGUUGCGAAAAGCUGUGCCAACGGCAUAAGCAACGAGACAGAAUGCUGCAGUGCGAUGGAAAGCUACGUCUCCCACUUGCAAAAGCAGAGCUUUGUUACCAACCUGCAAGCAGUGGAUUGUGCUACGUCAAUGGGAGUGAGAUUACGGAAACUGAAUAUCUCUAGGAAUGUUUAUAGCCUGUGUCACAUUACUCUCAAGGACUUCUCCGUUCAAGUGGAAAGUGAAGUAUCCGGAUGCCUCCUACCGAGUUUGCCUUCAGAUGCCACAUUCGACAAGUUUUCUGGGAUCAGCUUCUUGUGUGAUCUGAAUGACAACAUUCCUGCUCCGUGGCCAUUGACUGACCAGUUUCAAACUUCAUUGUGCAAUAAAAAUGUCAAAAUUCCCGCACUUCCAGCAGCGACGUCAGAUCAAAGUGAUCGUCAUGGCAAAGAUGUGAUAAGCCUUGCGCUUUUGCCACUCCUGUCAGUUCUUAUGAUGUUGGUGUUCUAGUAAAGUGGGUACAUGUUGGUCUUGCGGAUGUCGUCAAGAAGCUUUUACUCGAGGAACACGGAUCAUAAUUCUGUGCCGGUCCAUCGACAACAUGCGGUCCUUUGACAAUGCAAUGGAGUAACAACUGCAAAGAUUCUAUGUCCUAAAGGGAGAUUUACACCGACAGUUACUGCCGUAAAGAGCUGCAUCUCCUCAAAAGUAAGCUUGGAAGAGAGAGACUUGACCCGAGAUGAUUCAAGAUUUACUUUACAGAUUGCAUUUGUUCAGCAUUCUUACAUGACUUGUAAUAAAUUUCUGUAAAAAGGAUUGCUGUAUAUUCGCAUUAGGAUAGAUGAUGAUACAUACCUUAUGAUUGGUUUGCAGAUGAGGUGUGUGGAUGGGUUUGUUUUUCACAUGGCAAUAGAACAGGUUAAUCUCCCCC